UGUCAAGUUAUGUUAUAAAUAUCUAAAUAAUUUUCCUGUCUGUUCAUUUACAUAAAUUUCAUAGUUUCAACCGAACGAAGUAAUUAUACUUAAACUUGUUGUUUAUAUUUUAUUAGUUGUUGAAUAUAUAUUUUAUAAUUACACUUUAAGAUAGCGUGUGUUGAUAUCAAGUUGAUAUAAAUGGCGUUGAGAAAAUAACCUAAAAAUAACGUGUUAACGUUGCACUUAUUUCUUGUCUUCCUUGUAUUUUGUUGAUCAAGCUUAACAAUGACGGACAAAAUAAAGGUCAACUCCAAAUUUGAUUUGGAUGGGAGCUAUGAGAUGUCAGAUUCAGAAAAUGAAUAUACAGAGAAGGAAAAGUCGAUCAUCAAAAGUUUGCGCAAGGAAAAAGAAGGAGAUUCUAGCAGUGAAGAAGAAGUUUAUAAAUUUUCAGAUUCUGAAAAUGAAUCCGAUAAUAAUGAUCUUGAAAUGGCAGAUAGUGAUGUUGAGGGCCAAGAGAAAUCUGAUGAUGACUUACCAGAUUCUAAGGCUUGGGGUAAGCAGAAAAAAUCAUAUUAUUCUACUGAUUAUGUUGAUGAAGAUUAUGGAGGUUUUGGAGAUGAUGAAGAGGCAGCACUCAUGGAAGAAGAAGAGGCCAAAAAUAUUCAGAAAAGGCUAAUAGAACAGUUAGAGGAAGAUGAUUUUAAACUAGAAUUUAUUUCCCCUUUGCAGCCAUCAAUAGAUGAGAGUAAAGAAACUCUUAUCAAAAGUGAUUUAAGCCAAAUGUCUAAAAGACAGAAAAUGCAAAUUCUUGAAAAGGAAAGUCCAGAAUUUGCAGGUCUUAUUGAAGAUUUCAAAUCUAAAUUAACUGUUGCAAAAGAUGACCUGCAACCAGUGAUGAAACUCAUAAAGGGUGGCACAUUACCUGAAUGUGCAGCCUCUAAAUUUGUUAAAACUAAUUAUGAUCUUAUUUUAAAUUACUGCACAAAUAUUAGUUUUUAUAUUUUACUCAAAAGUCAAAGAAUCAGCAUACAAAAUCACCCAGUUAUUAAACGCCUUUAUCAGUACAGGCAAAUGUUAAACAAAAUGGAACCUAUCUAUUGUGAAGUAAUAAAGCCUCAAAUAGAAAAUAUUUUAAAUGCUGUUCAAAAUAAAAUAAAGUUACAAGUUGUCAGAGAAAAUAACAAGAAACGUAAAUCAAGCAAGGGAUCACCUGAACAGCCGAAUAAGAAAUUGAAAUUAAUUAAUGCUCUUGAAAAAGAUGAGGGUGAAGAUACGGGAGUCUCAGAUGAAGACAGUGAAGUUGAAGGUAAUGAUUACUUCAAACCCAGAGAUGUUGAGAACAAUAAAAAUAAUGAAUCUGAUGAAAGUGGAUUCUCGGACAAUGAGGAAGGUGGAACAGAAGACAUCCAACUGCCUCCAUCUCAGAAUGAAAAUAUUGUGGAUGAAAUGGGUGAAAAGCGUCAAAUAACAUAUCAAAUUGCGAAAAAUAAAGGAUUGACACCACACAGAAAGAAGGAGCAAAGAAAUCCCAGAGUGAAACAUAAGCUUAAGUAUAGAAAGGCUAAGAUAAGGAGGAAGGGUGCCAUAAGAGAACCAAAAACUGAAGUUACAAGGUAUGCAGGAGAAGCUUCAGGUAUUAAAACAAAUGUUAAAAAGAGUAUUAAAAUUAAAUAAACCAUUUAUUUCCAAGAUAACAUAUACUGUUUUUUACAAUAAAACAUGUUCAUCAUAUUAUGAUUUUUAAGUGUUUUUUCUGAUUCAAUGUUGCCACCUGUAACAAGAAAUAUAACUUUUUAAAAUGUGAAAUUAGUAUUGCUUAAAUUAAAAUAAUGGACCUUCAUGAAUAUCUAGAAGAAUAAUAAAGAAGAUAUUACAAUAUUCAUGUA